CCCAUUCGGCUGAGGGCAGAGCGAGCGACGGAAGGCGGCUGACGGGGAUUCGCAAAAAAUUACAAAUUUUUAUUAAAAAAUCCGCGAUAAUUUAAUCGUCAACUCCCAUUGUCACAUUCGCCAUUUCUCCUCCUCCCUCCUGUCUGUUUCUUGUUCGGCGAGAUGGCGCUCAGCGAUGCGGACGUUCAGAAGCAGAUAAAGCACAUGAUGGCUUUCAUCGAGCAAGAGGCCAACGAGAAAGCGGAGGAGAUCGACGCUAAGGCGGAGGAGGAGUUCAACAUUGAGAAGGGCCGCCUGGUGCAGACGCAGCGCCUCAAGAUCAUGGAGCACUACGAGAAGAAGGAGAAGCAGAUCGACCAGCAGAAGAAGAUACAGAUGUCCAACCUGAUGAACCAGGCCCGGCUCAAGGUGCUCCGAGCUCGCGAGGACCUCGUGCAGGAGCUGCUGAGUGAGGGGCGGCGUCGGCAGGCGGAGGUCACCAAGAACCAAGCGCGCUACCAGGCACUGCUGGACGGUCUCCUGCUGCAGGGUCUGUACCAGCUGCUGGAGCCCGUGGUGAUUAUCCGGUGCCGUAAGGUGGACGUGGCCAUGGUUAAGGCUGCGGUGCAGACGGUGCUGCCCACGUACCGCGACGUCACCAAGAAAGAUCUGGACGCUCGCGUGGACGAGACGGUCUUCCUGCCUCUUGAAGUGUCUGGGGGAGUGGAGGUGUACAGUCAGGAUGGGAAGAUUAAGUGCUCCAACACCCUGGAGAGUCGGCUGGAACUCAUGGCUCAGCAGAUGUUGCCAGAGAUCCGGGUCUCCCUCUUUGGAUCAAACCCCAACCGCAAGUUCCUGGACUGAGCAGCGCCUUCCCCUCCUGGAGGGAGCCCCAAAUCUCCCCACGCCCCAAUUCUCCCCACGCCCCAAAUCUCCCCACGCCCCAAAUCUCCCCACGCCCCAAAUCUCCCCACUCUCCAAAUCUCCCCACCCCUCAAAUCUCCCCACCCCCCAAAUCUCCCCACCCCCCAAAUCUCCCCGCUCUCCAAAUCUCCCCACUCUCCAAAUCUCCCCACUCUCCCUCCCCCAUUCCCCUACCCUACCUCCCUCCCUCUCCCCCUCUCUCUCUACCCCCUCUCCAUCCUCCCUCCCUCCCCCCCACCACCAACACCCAGAGGAGUCGACUCAUUGAGGGUCACGUGAUUGUGAACCAGAGACUUGAGACAGAGAGAGGAUGAGGGUUGCCCCUGUGUGUGUGUGUACGUGUGUGUACGUGAGUGUGUGUACGUGUGCGUGUGUACGUGAGUGUGCAUGUGUGCAUGUACAAGUGUGUGUGUGUACGUGUGCAUGUACGUGUAUGUACGUGUGCGUGUGUACGUGAGUGUGUGUGCAUGUGUGCGUGUACGUGUGUGUACGUGUGUGUGUGCGUGCGUACGUGUGUGUGCGUUUGAACCACCACCGUAACGUAGCCAACAGCGCUAAUUGCAGGUGCGGACGGGUGACAGGACGACAAACUAAACACACAACAACAACAAAAUGAGUUUUCAAUCUACAAGCUUUUAUAUUGAUGGUGUAAUGGUGGUGGUGGUCGUGAUGAUGCUGUUCAAUGGAGCAAAGUGCGUCUCUCCAUGUCUCUGUCUCCCCAUCUCUCUCCGUCUCUCUGCGUCGAUCUGCGUCUCACCGUCUCUGUCUCUCUGCGUCUC